AUGGGUCAGAGCGUAGUUCCUUCACUUUCCUUGCUACAGUUUCACUCAUCAAGCUCUGGUGAGAUCAAAGAUGAUAGUGGGGAUGAAAGAGAUCUGGUUCCGACAAUUCAACCGGAAGCUAUAGAAAAUGGUCAUUUUAACUGCCAGAAAUUGGAUUCUGAGGAGGAAAUCUGCUUGGAUCAGGAAGAUCAUUCGCAGCUCCACUUUGAUGUAGAAAGUGAUUAUCGGCAACCACGAUUGUCACCAGAGCAAAUUUGUCUUCGCGUACGGAAAAUACCGACACCUAAUGUGUUGGCAGAAUUAAACGAUGUGGGCUUACGCCGUUUGCUUUGUGAUAUAUAUGAACUAGAUCGAGAGCAAGUCCGAUUUGCCAAUAAUCGGCGAAAAUUAUUAGAGUCUGUUUCUUGCUUUCAAACCGGUUCUUUGAUAUGGAUGAAAACAUCGUUUUAUUCCUCCAGAACAUCUUGUAUUGAGAUGCAUUUCAGGCAAAUGCGUCAGAUGCAUAGCCAUGAAAUGAGUUUGUUACGAGAAUGCAUGGAAGCUUUGAAGAAACUAAUGAGUGAGCGUGGAAUGAAUUUGUUAUCUACUCACAUUGGUCAGGAUGUUAUGGAAUUUCUUCGCGAAAAAAAUCAGGAUAUAGAUGCAGGUGAUAAUUAUAUUUAUUUAAUAAAACAUGCAAUAGGAAUCGCUAUUUUGAAGGCCAAUAUUGAUCUGAAGUAUUUUCUCGAACACGGUUCUAAUUCUGUAAGCGUUUUUCCCAAAACACAAAGUUUUGCACAUGGUUCUGUACCGCCAAAACCACAUUUGUUUCCCGAAAAAUGUAGUGUGUUCGGGUAUCCAUCACUUACACCGACGAUUUCUGGACAGCUUACUAUUCCUCCUCCUAAUUUCUCAGUACCUCCACCAUUUCCAGGACCAUUUUUACAAGAAUUCAACGACAGCUAUUGUGGUUCGUGUGUUAGUCGAAUUUUUUUUCUUGUUUCUACCAAUGCUUUAGCCUGGAAUGAAAAGAAAUUCGGAGGUUCAAGUGCAUCCAAGUUCAGCACUCGAGAUGUUCCGAGACUGGUGGCAACUUCAUCAGUAAGUGCACCUAGUUUAAUCACUCCAGUUACGGAAGGUGAGCCACAGCCAUUGCGGAGUAUCUCAAUGACAAGUUCAAGUGAACGAAUUAUGGAGACAGCUAGUGGAUCAAAGAAUCACAUUGUUUCAAAUGGUAGUGUGCAACCACUGGAAGUACGAACCAGUAGAGGUCGUGAAGUUGAUCAUUCACAAAAUUCGUCUUUGAUACCACCACAGCCACCGAUGUUGUCAAUGAUGAGGCCACAGUUUAAUAUACCAUCAUUUCGUGAUGUCAUACCAGCAAUGGAUAACAGUUGUGGAGGAGCGUUUUCAGAAGAAAGAGGACCAGUAUAUUCAAAUAGUAGAAUCGUUUCAUUAUAUGAUGAUGGUCGGUUGCCAUUUCACGAAUAUGAACAUCCACAAGGUAAUGAAGCAAUUCGCAUACGACACGUAUGGAGUACAAGGCCGCCAAUAAAUCAAAGAAGAACAUUGCUACAAGGAAUCAUUCAUGAUCGUAGGAUUCAACGUUUGGGAGCAGCAGCUGCUUGUCCUACACGAAUAUAUGAAACAGAGUCGCGUGAUCGGUCGCGUUCUCCACUGGGAAGAUCGAAGUCUGUAAUUGCAAAUUUCGAUGAAACGGGUUUUACUAAUGCAAUUGCAAGUUCUUGUGCGACGCAGUCUCCGUCAAAUAUUACUUUGGAUGAUGAUGUGAUUCUAAUAAAUGAAGGCCAAGAGUCAGGGAUUAAAAAUUGA